UCAACAAACUUCGAGAAUUUUCAGAAUCUCCCUAAUUUUUGAUCAAAUUUCACUGAAAAUCUUAAAAAAUAAAUUUAAAAUAAAAUGGCACAUUACAAAGGAGCUGCUUCGGAAGCAGGUCGAGCAAUGCAAUUGCAGAAAAAGCGCGAAAUUCAACAGCAAGAUGUCGAAUUGCGGAAGAAAAAGAUCGAACAAGAGCUCAAAGUGAACAAUAUCGAGAAUAAAUUCGCUGCCCAUUACGAUGCCGUCGAAACGCAACUCAAAACCUCGACAAUUGGGCUCGUGACGCUCGACGAGAUGAAAUCCCGACAAGAGGAUAUCGUUCGUGAGCGCGAACAAAAGUUGGCAUUGAAGAAGGAGGAAAAGUUCAAGGAGAAAAAUAAACUUUUGGAAGCCAAGGAAGCGUUAAAGAACAAACAAAAACGCCAAAUUCAGACACUUUCCUUCAAUUUGGACGAAGACGAGGAAGAUCCGGAGAACGAAGAGGAAGAAAGUUCGUGUAGUAGUUGGAAAAAUGACAAAGAAACCCAUGUGAAAAAGAAAAUCAAGAAAAAUCCCGAAGUUGACACUUCAUUUCUACCUGAUCGCGAACGUGAAGAACAAGAAAAUAAACUCCGGGAGCAACUCCGACAAGAAUGGCAAGCGAAACAAGCACAGCUGAAAGACGAAAACAUCAACGUUACUUACAGCUAUUGGGAUGGAUCCGGGCAUCGAAAGACUUGCACAAUGAAAAAAGGUCAUUCCAUCUACCAAUUUCUCCAAAAAUGCCUCGAGACGUGUCGUCCUGAAUUUACCGAACUCAAAUCCGUCACCGCUGAUCAACUGAUGUACGUGAAGGAAGAUUUGAUUUUGCCGCAACAUUAUACGUUUUAUGAUUUUAUUGUCACGAAAGCACGCGGCAAAAGUGGCCCGUUAUUCCAAUUUGAUGCGUUCGAUGAUAUUCGAAUAACAAACGAUGCGUCGAAAGAAACUGUGGAAUCGCAUGCUGGCAAAGUUCUGCUGAGAUCGUGGUAUGAGAGGAAUAAACAUAUUUUUCCGGCAAGUAGAUGGGAACCUUUUGAUCCGACGAAAACGUAUGGAAAUCGAUACACAAUUAAGGAUAAUAAGGAAUAAAAAAGAUUUUAAAAAACGGAUUUGUGUGUGAUAAUUUUUGCAUUACAGUUAAAUUUUUGCUUUGGAUAAUUUUUUUUUGUUUAGAACAUCGCUUCAC